AUGGGCGAGGAGGAGGAGGCGGCGGCCAAGCCUGGCGGCCACAACAUCCUGGUGGCGGUGCGCUGUCGCGCGCUGCUGCCGCAGGAGAGAGCUGCCGGAGGUCAUGCCAUCAUCACGAUUUGCAACGGUACCACCGUGAUCUUGGAAGAUCCCCACACCACUGCUGCAGAUGAUUACCUGCGUCUGAACAAAUCCAAGGAGCGACGGUAUCACUUCGACCAAGCCUUGGAGGAAACAGCGCAGAAUAUCGAGGUCUAUGAGCGGACAACGCGCUUCUUGAUUCCUAGUGUGAUUCAAGGCUUCAACGCCACCGUCUUUGCCUAUGGAGCCACAAGCGCCGGCAAGACCCACACCAUGCUGGGCUACCCUGGCGAGCCGGGGAUCAUGCUGCUGACCUUGAGGGACUUGUUCAGCGAGGUGGGGAACCAGAAGAGCAACCUGCAUUUUGAGAUCAAGUGCUCCUUUCUAGAGGUGUACAAUGAGAAUGUGCGAGACCUGCUGCGCCAAGACGGGGACUUCUUGGACAUCCGAGAAGACCCAGUCAAGGGCAUGUGCGUUGCAGGGAUCAGCGAGGUGGGCGGUCUGGAGAGCGCCGAGGAGAUCAUGGCGCUGCUGCACCAGGGCAACAAGAAUAGGACCACGGAGGCAACUGGGGCAAACGUCACGAGCUCCAGAAGCCAUGCUGUGCUGCAGGUGAUGGUGCACCAGAGGGACCGCACCGCUGAUAUCGUGGCCCAUGUGAACCUGGGGAAGUUAUCCAUGAUCGACCUGGCAGGUUCUGAGCGGGCCUCGCAGACCAACAACAAAGGCAUGCGGAUGAUCGAGGGCGCCAACAUCAACCGCUCGCUGCUGGCCCUGGGGAACUGCAUCACCGCGCUGAGCUCCGCGGUGGCCUUCGUGCCGUACAGAGACUCGAAGAUGACGAGAUUGCUGAAAGAUUCCUUGGGAGGGAACUGCCGUACUGUGAUGAUAGCUAACGUCAGCCCAUGCCACAUCAACUACGAGGACACCCACAACACCCUGAAGUAUGCCAACCGCGCCAAGAACAUCAAGACCAAGUCUGUGCGCAACGUGGCACAGGUGAACUACCACGUGUCGAAGUACACGGAGAUCAUCAAAGACCUCAGGAGCGAGAUCCAGGAGCUGAAGGCCAAGCUCGCGGAAGGCGGCGAGGGCAGCCUGGCCGUGCGCGAGGACGAGUGCUGGUUGGGAAGACGCUGGCGUUGA